AACCACAGGAAGCUGAGUUAAACGUGGAAGUAAGUCGGGAACGUAUAAAAGGAACAUCAAGAGCCAGAGUAUAUUCACAAUUCACAUUUAAUUCAGUGCCGAUUGGUACUAAUGCGAAAAAUGUACACCUCAGUGACCAAGAUAAUGCUGACGUUGAUGGUGAGUCUAGGGGUGGUUUAUGGCGAACCACCACUGAGCAACCAGUAUGGCGUUCCUGCAAAUUUGCCGGUAAGCAACAAUCAAGUAUCCCACGGAGGCGUAACAAAUAGCUACGGUGCACCACUGGGAUCGGAUGGCCAUCACGACGAGCAUCAGGAUUACAUCGACAGCCAGCCGAAAUCCUACGAUUUUGGAUAUGCCGUUAAAGAUUCUGCUACCGGAAAUGACUUUGGUAGACGUGAGAGCAGUGAUGGUGAAACAGUACGAGGUGAAUACCGUGUACAGCUUCCGGAUGGUAGAGUACAGAUAGUGACGUAUACAGCCGAUUGGAGAACUGGCUUCCACGCGGAUGUCAGAUACGAAGGGGAGGCGACCUAUCCAGAUCAGUACAAUACGGGUUAUAACAAUGGUUAUAAUAAUAAUAACAAUAAUAAUAAUAAUAAUGGAUACAACAACUUUAACAAUUACAACAAUGGAGCUGGAUAUAACUAUAAUCAGAAUCAGCAACAAGGAUUCAACUACAAUCAAGGAGGUAAUUAUAAUACUCAUAGUAACCAAGGAAACUACAAUAACUACCAGUACCCAUCGAACCCAGAUUACAACAACUACAAUAGUCCCAAUUCAUUUUCUCCAAGACCCACGUACGGAACGCCGCAAUUUCACUGAUUGAAUUUAUCCCUAAAAAUAUCCACUCUGGGUAAUUUGAAAACAUUGGGGUAAAUAAAGAGAGUCCACGACUUCAAAAAACUAGCAAAUAGACAUCUUUACUUUUCGGCAACCGGGGCAUUUGCCAAUUUUACCUCGACGAGUGGAAUUUCGUUUGUGAAUUUCCAAGGAAAAACACAUUUGAGCUGUACAUACAUUUAAUACUCUAGAAUAUAAGGUGAUUACACUGAAGCGUACGUCAAGCCGCUGUGGUCUUUGCAGGAAUACAUAUUUGUAAUGGUACUUUACAAUUUGCCGACUAACAAUUGGGGUUAUAAACAGUCUAAGGAAAUGUACAGAUGUAUCACAACCCAUUCGCAGUAAAAAAUAAAGCGAAAAAAUAUUUAUA